AUGCGGCUGCUGCUGGGCCGUAGCAUCAUGCUGUGCGGCCUCGUCCUCCUGGCAGGCGCGGCCACUACUGACCUCUAUGAGGUCCUCGGCGUGCCGCGCGACGCCACGACGGCGGAGAUCAAGAAGGCCUACCGCUCAAUGGCCGCUGAAAUCCAUCCGGACAAGCUGCCGCCGGACACGUCGGACGCCGCGCGCGAGCGGGCGACGGCGGCGUUCGUCGAGCUCGCCCUCGCGCACGAGGUGCUCACGGACCCGGUGCGGCGCCAAACGUACGACGACACGGGCAUGAGCGAGGAGGGCGACGAGGCGCGCGAGGCGCGGGAGCGGCGCGAGGCCGAGCGCGGGCCGCCGAAGAUCACGGAGACGCCCCUCGGCGUCGACGCGCGGUUUAGGAGAGGCGCCUUCCGCUUCAGGUACUCCGGCAGCGGCGUGCGGCCCGUCGAGGCGACGCUGCGUGCCGUGGUCGUGGCGCUGGCCGAGCUCCUCACGGGCGUCAACCGCACGCUGACGCUCGCGCGGCGCCAGAAAUGUGAAACUUGCGCGGGCACGGGGGCCGCGGAAUCUGAGUCGAGGGAGACCUGCGGCCUCUGCGAGGGCACGGGCGCGGCGGCGCACGUCUCCGCGGGGCUAAACUGGAGAAACUCCAGACGCUUCUUCCGCCAGGCGGUGACGACGCGCUGCGGCGCCUGCGGCGGCACUGGAUAUAAUCGGGGCGCGGCGUGCGGGGCCUGCGACGGCGCGGGCUACGUCGACGUCCGAAGGGAAGUCAGGGUCGAAAUACCACCAGGUGCGCCGGACGGCCACGAGAUCACCUUCAAGGGCCUGGGGGAUGAGCACCCGCAGCGCGCGACGGGCGACCUGAUCCUGGUCGUGACGGUCGCGCAGCACCCCGUGUUCUCUAGAUCAGAAGCGGCGCCGGAGAAUUUGUACUGCAACGUCCGUCGGGUUGUUGGACGCGUUGCUGGGCUUCGACCGGAAACUAACGGGCUUAAGUGGAGAGCGGCCUCGUGGAGCACCGGCGCGUCGCCUUCAGCUCCUUCCACGCUGUCCCUAAGAGACGAGGGCCUGCCCGUCUUCGAACGACACACAACGCUGCCAGGUGACGGUCUUUAUUAGAGUCGACUUCCCGAAGACGCUGACGGCGCUGCAGGCGGACGACGGGCGCGUCGGAUUGAGGGACGGCGAGCCCGGUUCAUCUUCCUCCUCCAGCGCGCUCUGCGUACCAGUACGCGCGCACCGUCCGCGCCGGACUCGGACGGGUGUCGUCUUCGCGAAGCGGUGCGUCGUCGGCGCCGAGGCGGCCUGCGUGCCGGACCCGCUCUACGCGACGUGGUGGCGGAGCACGGUCGGUGUGAGUUUAGGGUGUUUGUUGUUGUACCUCGUGCGCUGGGGAGAUUGCCGCGGGCCAGACACCGGCGCAUCAUGCUAGACACUGGGUAUCGCCGGAACCCUGGGGAUCAUGCUCGAGACACCUGAGCUUCACGCGGUCACGCCCCGCCAUCGGACACCAGUUUUUGUGCGUUGUUGUUUGGCAGUGGCACACGCUUCCAGCCGCACGCAGCCCGCAGCAAAGCGGGCCCGCAGCGAGAACCCAGGUGCCGCCUGCGGCCUCGCACGCGCGCACGCGGCUGCCCGCGGCGGCGCCGACGCGAAGCACCGCCUUCGACUUCAUUACAGACUGCUCCGCCGCCGACGCGCGCGGCUUGAGGACGCGCCCGCGUCGCGCCGAGGGAGCAAUUAUGGGCGGCUUCCUGAGCCGCCACGAUAAGCGCAUACGGGACUGGAUGGACUCGGACGACGAGGAGCCGAGCGCGUAUAGCCCGACGGCGCCAGAAGCGCGGCAGCAGCCACGGGCCCCUGGCGCUCGCCUGGGGCGUCGCCGAGUGGGUCGGGCGCAAGCGGACGCAGGAGGAUCGCUGCAUCGGCUGCGUGCUGAGCGACGGCGCGACGUUCGCGGGUGUAUACGAUGGCCACGCCGGCUCGAAGGCGGCGGCCUACGCGGCCUCGAACCUGCACACGCACGUCGCCGGGACCGGCGCGCUGCGACGGAGAUUACUAGAUGCCUUCCACAAGACGGAGGGGCAUCAUCACGUCGGGAUCAAGGGCGGCACGACGGCCUGCGCGCCGUCGUCGAGGGGACGAACUUCACGACGGCGAACGUCGGCGACUCGCGCUGCGUCAUUGGCGGCGGCUCGCGGAAGCGACCCAAGGCGACGCGCUGCACCACAGAUCAUAAGCCGGAGCUCGUGAACGAGGCGCGGCGCGUCCAGAACGCGGGCGGCGCGGUCGAGAUCCGGGGCGCCUGCGCGCGCGUCGUGCACCCGGACUGCCCGCUCAUGCUCGCGACGUCGCGCACGCUGGGGGACGCGGUCUGCAAGCGCCACCCGGGCCUCGUGUCGCCGCACCCGGACGUGACGUGCCGGGCGCUGACGCGGGGCGACCGCUUCGCGAUCCUGGCGACGGACGGGCUCUGGGACGUCGUGAGCGACCAGGAGGCCGUGACCUGCGUGAACAAGGUGCUGGGCGACGGCACGCCGUCCGUGGCGCUGUGCGAGGAGGCGGCGGCGGCCUGCGUCGCCAAGGCGCGCAAGGAGCGCACGAUGGACAACGUGCUCGUGCUCGUGCUUUGUUUUUUGUGGAACGAUGCAGCAUAG